ACUCAUGCUAUUAUUCCAUUGUCGUUUAAUACAUAGACCAUUGGGAUCGUUUAUUCAGAAAAGAGGCAUGAAAGCAUAUAUCCAAAUCUUGGGACAAAACUCCCCCGAGGGACCACCCAGUCUUAUUGUUCACUACGACAACCAACGAUAUUUAUUCAACUGUCGAGAAGGUACACAACGUCUCUGUGUGCAAGAAAAGGCUCGAUUAGCCAAAACUUCCAAUGUCUUUCUUUCAAGACUCUCAUGGGAUUGUCUUGGUGGAUUACCCGGUAUGCUUUUGACUUUAACGGACGCUGGUAUCAAGCAUAUCGGUAUUCACGGAGGUAAAAAUCUUGCUCAUUUUAUUGCUUCCACCCGUCACUUUGUCUACAGAACGAGCACCACGGUCGAUUUGCACGAAAUAGACGAAACAUGUCAACCUUUUACUGAUAAAAACCUAACUGUCACACCUGUCAUUGUCCACUCAAAGAAACACAACAAACGUAAUUACCAAACGUACAGCAGUAACAGCAGUGGUAGCGAAUCCUCUUAUUCUUCUUCUUCAGACAGUGAAAAGAGACUUUCGAAAAAUGUUGAAAUGACUGUCACCGAAGCUCAAACUUAUCGAAGAGGCGUAGUCAGCAUGAUGUUUACUAACACCGACAAUGGACAAAAAGCACCCGGUCAUACCAUUGAAGCUGAAUGUUCUCCAAGACCCACUGUGCAUCCACUUUCCGAAGAAGCAGCUAAAUCAGCAGUUACAGCAGUUACAGCAACAACAACAACAGUGGCAGUAGAGGUCAAGGAAAAGGCCGGGACUCGUGUUGUGAAUAACAAUCAGCGAAAUUUCUUGAUGAAAUCUUUACCCAAAUCCAAACCCGAUACGUCUGCCAUUACUUAUAUCUGUCAGGGAGCUUCUGUGACACCUAAAUUCAAUAAGGCUGCUGCCAUGGCAUUGGGUCUUAAACCAGGUCCAGUGUAUGGACAAUUACAAAAGGGAUUAGAUGUGACUUUACCCGACGGUCGUGUUAUUACGCGUGAUAUGGUAUGUGAUCCUGAAGUGCCCGGUCACGUAUUUGUCGUUGUGGAUUGUCCCAAUACCUCAUAUAUUGAUAGUUUAGUGAAUUCAGAUGCAUUUGAUAAGUAUUUGGAUCCAGAGGGAAAAUCAAAAAUUAAUGUCAUGAUUCAUCAUUUGGGAAAUAAUGUUAUUCAUGAUGAACGGUAUAAAAAAUGGCUUCAACGAUUUGAUACCACCACCGAUCAUAUUUUUGGAUCGACCGAUUUGUGUGCACAAACUGUCCAAUUUACAUCACAUGCUAUUGGACAAGUCAAACUCAAUAAGUUGAAUGAAUCGAUUUUCCCUAUUCCACACUAUAGCAACAAACCAGCAUUGGACUUAUCUACAGUUCAAGGAAUUCCAAAGAACAGUUAUGCACUGAAAAAUAUGACCAGCUAUAAUUUAGAACCACGUAACGGUAUUGCGCAUUUAGAUCGACCUGAUUUUAAUCAUACGAACUUGAAUCUUGCGGAAAUCAAGGAAAUUGAUGAGAAUCACGAGUACACCCAUGCUGUGAAAUUAGCACGUAUUGAAGCGACUAAAGUGGAUACGAGUGAGGAUUUUCCCGGAAAAGAUGUUGAGGUUAUUACCUUGGGAACCGGAAGUUCGAUCCCCGCCAAAUAUCGCAACGUAAGUGCUACGUUGGUUAAAAUUCCAGGGUACGGGUCCAUCAUGUUGGAUGCAGGUGAAGGUACAUAUGGUCAAAUGAUGCGUAGGUAUGGACCGAAUGUGGACAAGGAAAUGAGUGAUAUUCGAUGUAUUUUUGUGUCUCAUUUACACGCCGAUCAUCAUUUGGGUGUGAUUCAGUUACUCAGAAAAUGGAACAUGGCAAACAGGAGAAAUGAUACGAUUACUGUUGUUGCUCCGUUUGUUUAUAAACACUGGUUACAUGAAUACCGUCAUGUUGAAUACAUAGGGUCUCAUAGUAGAAUCAAUUUUAUUCGAAAUGAAAAUCUCUUGUCCAGAACCGAACCCAGAGGACAUGAGCUUAAACAUUUAAAUGAGUUAAAGAAGGCGCUUGGUUUAGAAUCGAUUGAACCUGUUGAGGUCAUUCAUUGUCGAUGGGCCUAUGGUUUAUCUAUCAAGCAUCAAUCCGGCUGGAAACUUGUUUAUUCUGGUGAUACUCGACCUUGUGAUAAAUUGGUCGAAGCAGGACAAGAUGCCACUUUAUUGAUUCAUGAGGCAACGUUAGAAGAUGCCAGUUUGGAUAAAGCGAUUGCCAAACGUCACACUACAACGGGAGAAGCGAUCCAAGUUGGAAAAAGAAUGAAUGCCCGAUUUACGUUGUUGAAUCAUUUCAGUCAACGCUAUCCUAAAUUGCCAGUCCUCUCGGAAGAACAGUCCAAUGUUUGCUUUAGUUUCGAUAUGAUGUCCAUUCCAAUCAGUCAAAUGCCCUUAUUACCCAAAUACACCAACGCUAUUCAACUUGCUUUUAAAGAAGAAGAAGACGAUGGUUGAAACUAAAAAUCAUUUGACUUGUUCUUUUUUAAAAAACGCCCAAAAAAAACUUGUGUUACAGAGAUAGAGUAAUAAUCAUGAUGAAACUUUAUCAUAUGCAUUAAAAAAACACGUAAUAAAAGUCUUUUUUUUUUUCAUUAUUUUAGUUUAUAACUCUCUUUCUU